ACUUCCUUAGUUCCUUAGAAACUUCCUCACACUUCCUCACACAAUGGCGAUGAUGGUGCUGCUGUUUUUUGUUCUCUUCAGUUUGGUCUCGAUCACAGUGUCCAGUGAUUUGUUCAAAUUGAUCGGCAGUUCUGUGGAACUGGAAAUACUGAAUACUAUACCGGAGUUUGAAGAAUUAACCUGGGUUUUUAACGGAUCUACUAAUGUUCUAAAAUAUUAUAAUGAAACUAAAAAAUCUAAACAGUAUUCUGGUUAUGGAGGCAGAGUGGAGUUCAAUGAGGAAACCUACAAUCUGACCCUGAAGAACUUACAGAAGACGGAUAGUGGACCGUAUGAAGCUAAAACAUCUAGUGAUAUGGUCAGAGUUGUUGCUAAGUACAGACUCUCUGUGUUGGAUUCAGUGAAGUCUCCAGUCCUGACUCCUCAACUAAGCAGUGACUCUUGCAACAUCACUCUUACCUGUAGAAGUCAUGACCUCUCUAUCAACUCCAUCUGCUGUAAUAAAACCUGUGAGGAGAAGGAAGUGACAUCACCUGGAGGUGUUGUCCUUUCUCUGUCUGUCAAUGGCAGUGCCAUCAUCUGUAAUCAUAGCAACCCAGUCAGCUGGAAGACAGAUGUUUUGGAGAUGGGAGAACUGAAACAACGCUGUGCUGAAACAAGAAGUACGGAAGCCCAUGGCCUAGGCUUUUAUUUACUAGCUGGCAUCGUGUUUAUCAUUCUUAUUGCCUUCAUCGCCAUAUUUUUCUACUGGAGGAAAUCAAGAGGUUCCAUGCAGUGCGACACAGUCUACGCAGAAGUUGAGAACUGUACUGCAGCAACACUACCUAUCGGACAGGAGACAAUUUCUACUGUGUACAGUUUUGUAGAGAAGAAACCACAACCUCCAAGUAAUGGACAGUCCAAUCAGACUCCAGUUCCUGAAACUGAGAUCACACAUAACAAGCCUGAAACCAUUUAUGCCACAGUUUCACAACACAGCAAUACUGUGAUUCAAGCUGAAUUGCAUGAAGCCACAUCAGAUGUGAGAAACUGAAGCCACUCUUGAUUCACAGUUGGCUAAGAAGAUUCCCAGUGAUUUCACCACCAUCUUGUGGCUGUCCACAAAAGUACAACAGGCCCUUCUUUAAUUGGGUGGGAAAAACAGACUAAGUUUUAGGUCAUAAAUACAGACCAUUCCUUUUAGCACCCCUUAAUUUACCUUCAGACUUAAACAUCAGCUAAAAAAGAAAAGUGGUGUCAAUAACCAGUGUUGGGGAACACAUGGCCAAAUUGGGUUACAAAACAGAUGAAGAAAGAUAUAGAUAAUUGAAAUUUACUGGACAUCAUUAUAUGUAUUUUUGUGCAAAAUAAAAGGAUUAAUUAAUCCAGUCCUCCCUUAACAAUUUUUAUACAACAUUUCUGUUUACAAUAUGUCUUCAGGUAUCCGUGUUUAAGACAGUGACCUUUUCAUUUAAACAGUGCUCUAGUCUUGUGGGGGCCAAAUUACAAAGGUUAAGUUUAUGCAAAGUUUAAAUUACAGGUAAACUUCUCAGCAUUCUGGAUCCAGGGCUCUGUCCAUAGCACAGUAUUUAUUGCUUACACUGCUAACUUUAGGAUUUAUCCCUGGUUACUAUGGCAAGCAAGUUAAACAUCAGUCAUUAGACCCCAGAUCAGUUAUUUCUUGUUCUCAAAUUCUGUUGCAUGUUAACAUGUUAACAGAAUAUCUCUAUGCUCGAUAAUUAAUUACUCAUCAGCGUGAAUUCAACUACACAGAUUGUCAAUAUCUUGCCCAACCUUCAUUCUGUGGUUCAUCUGACACAAUAACAUGACCUGGCCACAUCCAAUACAAAGAAUCUGUGGGAUUUAAUCAGACAGAUGACAAACAUGGAUGCAAAAAGGAAACCCCUGUCUGCCCUUGAUGAAACAACUAGGGCGAAUGAACUAAAUAACUUCUACAUGUGGUUUAACACAGAAAAUGCUAAGGAAUGUACUGCAGUACUGGAGAAUAUAACCUGUGAUUUAAAUAUGGACAGAGUUACAAUUGAUCUACAAACGGUCACUAAAAUUUUUAAAACUAUACAGACCAACAAAGCCACAGGCCCAGAUUGUAUGACUGCAUUUGUGUUGAAAACCUUUGCUGAAGAGCUCUCACCUGUCUAUCACAGAUUAUUCCAGCUUUCUAUAGAUAUCCACACUGUGCCAAUACUCUGGAAAAAAUCUGUAAUUAUUCCGGUUCCUAAAACAAUCAGCCCUCAGGAGAAUAACGAUUAUAGACCGGUGACACUUACUUCAAAUGUUUUUAAAUCAUUUGAAAGAUUGAUACUUGAAAAGCUUCGAAUACAGGUAGAACCGCUAAUUGAUAAAUUCCAGUUUGCUUAUACAAAAAAACGAAGCACAAGUGAUGCCAUAGCAACAUUAAUGCAUUUUAUUCUUAAGCAUAUUGAGUGUCCAACUGCAUAUGUUCGACUACUGUUUAUUGAUUUUAGUUCAGCCUUUAAUUUAAUACAGCCACAUUUGCUUCUCAGUAAGUUAGUCCAUGCGAAUGUAAAUCCAUUCUUAAUUAAGUGGUAUUACUCUUUUCUGUCAAAUAGGCCACAACAAGUUAAAUUUAACUCUGAUUUGUCUGAUAUAACAGUCUGUAGUACGGGUGCCCCCCAGGGGAGUGUUAGUUCACCUUUCCUUUUUACUUUCUAUACUAAUGAUUGUGUUAGUAUGGACACAAACCAGCACUUGAUAAAAUUUUCUGAUGAUACAGUUUUACUUAGUCUGUUAACAAAAACCUCUAACCCAAACACUUAUCGUAUAGCUGUAGAAAAUCUUGUGGCCUGGUGCGAGGUACAUAAACUCAAGAUUAACACAAAUAAGACUGUGGAAAUGCUGGUGGACCCUCGAACAGUUGGAAACUCUGACCCUGUGUCCAUUCAUAGUCUAGUUAAGAUAGCAGGGAAAAUAAUGGGCAUUCCUGCCCCUCUUGGUCCUCAGGAGCUGUGGCAGCAGUCUAUAAUUAGGCAGGUUAGGAAUAUUGUAUCUGAUAGUACACAUGCGCUCUAUCAGGAGUACCAGCUCAUGAAUUCAGGCAGGAGAUAUAGGGUUCCCUUGUGCAGGCAAAAUAGGUUUAAACAUUCUUUUGUACCAAUGUCAAUUAAAAUCCUAAACAAUAAUGACAUCUGACUGUUUUACGGUCGUAUAGGGGUUGUGGGGUUGUGUAGAAGUAUAAAAUGUAAUGUACUUUAAAUCCGUAAUGAGCUGUGGGGUUGUGUAGAAGUAUAAAAUGUAAUGCACUGUAAAUCUUUAAUGUAUUGUAAUGACAUGGGUUUUGGUCACAUGAAAUUUUGUAUGUCUGUUUGUUCUUUUGUUGUAGUGCAGUAUGCCCUCAUUCCAAGAAAAAUUUCUCCUUUGGGAGACAAAUAAAGAAACUAACUAACUAACUAACAUAAACAUAUUUUGUUAUUGCUGGCUUGCCAUUAUUUUGCAAUUUUUUUGGCCCUGGAUGAAUAUGUUGUUGUUUUUUUUUGUUUAAGGCAUGAUUAAGAUUUUUUCUCCUCAUUUCUUAAACAACAUAAUGGUACAGCGAUAAUCCAGAAGUUGUUAGGGGACCCCUAUUGCCUGAGUGUCCCUAAGCAGCUGCUUAUGUCACUUAUUAGGUAGAGCUGGCACUGGGCCAAGAGAAUUUAUUUUUGUUUGAGCUUAUUAUAUGGAGGCAAAAACGUCAAAAGCACUAUGAAAUCAAAAGUGAUUUUUUUUGUUUGGUUCUUUUUACAUAUAAGUUCAGGGCUUGUUAUCACAAAUUAUGAACUGGCAGUAUUAGCGUGUAGGAGUGUUGGCAGGGGGCUUAAAGGAGGAGUAAAUGUCUUUUGUGUCUUAUCAAGCAACAUAUAGCUCCUCUGCUUAAUUCCUUCCAAUGUGAGCAGUUAUCAUUUGGUGACUUCGCAUCCUUUGAGUGUUAUUUUGCCGUUGUGAAAAGGGCACCAAGAGCAUUACUAGUAAUUGUCUGCAGGCCUCCAAAGUACAAUGUUAUGUUUGUGAAUUUACAGACAAUGUACAUUUCAUUUCCAAUAAUUUUAAUAUUUUUUCAUCAAAUUACUGGUGAUUUUAACAUAGGCAAUCACAAGGACAAUCAUGCUAAAGAACUCAAUAUUGUGCCAUAUUGCAACCUUUUUGACACACUCAGCAUAUGACCAGGAGCACACAUGGUCAUGGUCACUCUUUGGGUGUGAUUAUCUUAGUCUCAGCAUAUCAGCCACUGUUAAGGAUCUUUGUGCUGGAUGUAUUGUUGUUUGAACUGUUUGGUGUGUUUCUCGUUAUGCCUGUCCCCUGAUCAAUCCAUGUUGGAUCUAUGACCCUGGACCGUCUUGACUAUGACUAUGGAUUUGCCCAUAAUAAAUCUCGCUUAUCUCA